AUGUACAUCAAUGUAAGAACUAUUGAUGGCAAGAAAAAUGUGGUUUUGACUGUCUCCAAGACAAAUCGAAUAGAAGAUUUGAAAAUAGACAUCUGUGAAACCCUGGGAAUAGAACCCAAGAAGCAGCGACUUUUCUACCGUGGAAAACAAUUAGAGGAUGGACAUACCAUUUUUGAUUACAAUAUUAAUGUAAAUGAUGUCGUCCAGUUGAUGAUUAAAGUUUCUGCAACGGAAAGUAGUUCGGCUAAAGUUUCAGAACAGAAGGACGAAACAGCGGAAGGAAGUGAUACAUCUAAAAACUGUGAUGUAUCAGGAGUAAAAAAUGAAGUUGGCACCAGUCAAAAUUGUUUAAGUGAAAAGAGUAUCGACAUCGUUGAAAGUCAAUAUUUUAGGGUUGCUGAUUUGGUUGAUGUAUUGGAUUCAAUUAAUGGUACUUGGGAUGAAGGAAAAAUUAUUGCUAUUAAAAAAAAGGAGGUAGUCUCUGAUGGUGUAAAUGAAAAGGAUGAUGGGUUCAUUUAUAUUGUUUUGCUCGAUUGUAAUGAAGAAGUUGAGGUGAUAUUAGAUCACAUUAGACCUAGAGCAAGACAUGUUGUAGAAUGUUCAUCUUUAAAAAUAGGUGAUAGAGUUUUGGCAAAUUAUAAUAUCGAUAAACCUACUGAAAGAGGGCAUUGGUAUGAGUGUACUAUAUCCAAGCUUGGAAAGAUUAAUAGAACUAUGGCAGAAGUACAUGUUAAUAUAUUUUUGGGGAAUACACCUUUGAUUGAAGAUGCGAAACUGAAAUUUUGUAGUGAAAUUUUUAAACUUGAAGAGCGACGAUUGCUGACAGAAAUUGAGGAAAAUGAAUACCAAAAGCCUGUUUCGAAGCGUAAAACUGUUCCAUCGUGUGCCCAGUGUAGAGACAGACCAAGUGUAAAGUGUAAAGAUUGUGGUUGUCAUGUUUGUGGUUUGAAGACUGAACCAGAGAAGCAGAUUAUGUGCGAUGAAUGUGACAUGGCGUUCCACCUUCAGUGUUUAGUUCCACCUAUGGAUAGCAUCCCGGAAGCGGAGGAGUGGUAUUGCCCUCUCUGUAAGAAUGAUGAAAAUGAAAUUGUAAAACCAGGGGAGAAGCUGAAGAAAAGUAAGAAAAAAGAGAAAAUGGCAUCUGCAGUAAAUUCAUCCUCUCGUGAUUGGGGGAAAGGAAUGGCCUGUGUAGGUCGAACAAAGGAGUGUACUCUGGUGCCACCGAAUCACUAUGGGCCAAUUCCAGGUGUAGAAGUUGGUACUUGCUGGAAAUUUCGUUUGCAAGUCUCUGAAGCAGGAAUCCAUCGCCCACAUGUAGCUGGAAUCCAUGGACGUGAAACUGACGGUGCCUACAGCAUAGUGUUAAGUGGAGGUUAUGAAGACGAUGUAGACAAUGGGGAAACGUUUCUCUACACCGGGUCAGGUGGUCGGGAUUUAUCAGGAAACAAACGAACAGCAGAGCAGAGUUGUGACCAAACAUUGACACGUAUGAACAAAGCCCUUGCAUUAAAUUGCAAUGCUCCUCUGAGUGAUGCUGGUGCUAAGGCUAAAGAUUGGAAAAAGGGGAAACCAAUUAGAGUGGUGCGUAAUUACAAGGCGGGAAAACAUUCCAAAUAUGCUCCAGAUGAUGGAAAUAGAUACGAUGGAAUCUACAAAGUUGUUGAAUAUUAUCCACAAAAGGGGAAAUCAGGUUUUAAAGUAUGGCGCUAUGUGCUUCGCCGAGACGACCCUGCUCCUGCUCCCUGGACUGAAGAAGGGAAAGCGCACAUUGCUAAACUUGGCUUAAAGAUGAUUUAUCCAGAAGGCUACUUAGAGGCAGAGGCUGCAAAAGUACCCCAGGCGAAGGAAGAUCUGAAAACUUCUAGUGCCAAGAAAGGAAAGAAGCGCCCCCUUGAAACAAAUCAGCUUACUUUAUUUCAAACUAAAAGAGUGAAAGUGGAAGAGUAUUCCCUCGAUGAAGAAGUAUUGAAAGGAAUUCAAGAAGACAAAGUCAAUGAAAAACUAUGGAAAUCUUGUCAGGAUGUGGUUAAAGAAGGUAAACAGAAAUUUCUUGCGUUUGUGUCCGAUUCUUUUAUGUGCAUUUGCUGCCAGGAGUUGGUCUAUGAGCCUAUAUCAACUCAAUGUAAACACAAUUUUUGCUUCUCGUGCUUGAAACGUUCAUUCAAAGCAGAAGUAUAUUCAUGUCCCACGUGUAGAGGUGAUUUAGGACAGAACUUCAAAAUGGAUGUUAAUAAACCUUUGUCCAAUUGUUUGUUAAAGUUGUUUCCUGGUUAUGAGGUAGGUAGGUGA